UCCAGGGGCCCAUCAACAGUAGCGCUGAGUGAAGCAGAGCUGAGAGAUGCGCGUUCACUGAGCCGGAGGAAGCAGCACGACUGCCUUUUCCUCCACCGCGCCUCACUUAUAAUAACCGCCUCAUCACCACCAUCAGCAUCCCACCGCCCCCGGCACACUCUCAUCAAGAAAGGCUCGGGUUUGUGGAUGGGAUUUUGGUCUGGAUUACUAUAAUUUGCGAUAUUUACGCACGGGGCUUUUGUCCGUCCGGAGUCUCUGCGUGGAAAAAAAAGUUUAAACCAUGGGGCGUGGAACCGGACCAACGAUGACCGUUCUGUGCUUCAACCCAGGAAACCGCCUUAAAGAAAAAUCACAAGACGCAGCUCUGAAUCACUGACAAAACACGCUACGGCUCACCUUUACCAUAGCAAUUUUCCGCGUUUAUGUGGAAACUGGAUUUUUUUCCCUUUCCUUUUUUGCACAAUUCUCCAUAGAUUUGGCAGUUGAGAUAAGAUCCUUUAUCAACGUUAGAUCUGCCUCUCAGAUAAAAUAAAGGAUAUUGCGCUGUCUGCCUGACUAAGAUUAUCUAUGUGGAAUAUAACAUUCAGCAGAAAAAGCCUGGAACUAAACCAUUAUCAGAUGUUCAUAUCACUUUGAGGAUCUGUCCCCAGUUCUCACCCUUUUCUGAGCUCCCUGUUAUUCUCUACCAUGAAUCCAAACAGCCUACCUGGAUUUUUCCUUAUGCUGCUAAGUACCACGCUGGGCCUAAGCACAGGCCUGGAGUUUACUGGCUCUGAAGGUCAGUGGGCUCGCUACCUGCGCUGGGAUGCCAGCACCAGAAGCGACAUGACGUUUCAGUUCAAGACUUCAGAACCAGAGGGCCUGAUGCUCUACUUUGAUGAUGGCGGAUAUUGUGACUUUCUGCUUCUCGCUGUAUCUGAGGGUAAGCUGCAGCUUCGCGUCAGUAUCGACUGUGCCGAGACCACCAUCACCUCAGAUAAGAUGGUUAACGACAGCCGCUGGCACUUUGCAGCCAUCAACAGGCACAAUUUGCGGACUGGCUUGGCCGUGGAUGGCCAAACCAAGACGGAAGAGGUGCGGCCUCAGCGGCAGGACGAGCUGGAGGCUGCGAUGUGCCCGAUCCAGUGUCGGAGCGGUAUCCAGAGCCAAAACCUCCUUUAG